CCGGUUUAUUAGUGAAAUCAGAAAAAUGAAAGAAAGAAAUUUUUGAGGAAAAAUUUUAAUCGGCAUGAAUUUACUGAACCAACUGGUAUUUAAAUCAAAUGGAACCUGAACGUAGAAAUAUAAAAGAGACUAGUUCACUAUCACAAAGUCGGAAAGGGCCAAAGACGUGUUAUGGCGCGACCAGAAACCCAGAAAACACAGCCGAUUAUAAACUUGUAACUCAUAACCUGACGUUAUCAGAUACACUUCAAGGAUUAGCAAUUAAAUACGACGUUACGGUAAGUAUUUUGUACACUAAAGGCUUUAUUUUGACGUUUAAUAACGUGUUAAAUUUCGAUAUUUAAAAAUUCUAUUUGUGGCAAACUGUGAAAUAUGAUCUGUUUUGAAAUCACUACAUGAUCUUUAUAUGACCACUUUAAUACUGGCCAUUUAAUUAAAAUGGCGUAUUGUUAAACCCUCCUAUCUAGAACAAGUCUUUUACUAUAUUCCAGGGACUGUACAGCGAUUUGGCAAUGAGGGCGGGUGUGCUAGUAUUGAGAUGAAGUAUGCCGCAAAUCUUCCUUGGGGGGUGUUUCGGUCAUGCCCCCAGAAAGUGCAUCCCCAAUGCCCAUAACAAUUUUUUUCAAAGUAACCAUGUGUAUAUUCCCUGAUGAUAGCCAGAUAUAUUUCUGUGAAACACAUGUCUAGCUGAAAAAUUAGUUUUAAAGAUACUUGUCGAUGAUUAUCGCGGUGGUGGUCACUUGGGCAGGGGGUGCCCCUCUAAUAAUUUCAAAAGAUCUAUAAAAGUCUGGCAAACCAAAUAUCAAAAUUCACAAGCAUUGUUUAAGACCAUAUAAUGUAAUUAUCUGCUACAAUCUAACGUCCUAUCAGUAGAACUGCAUAUUCAUGCAUGAUACCAAGAGUGUAUACAAAUGACUGAAAAUUGCAAAUUUCGAAAGGCUAUAUUAUCCGCAACAAAACUUUGGAAUAUUACUAAUUUUGUGAUGCUCUUUCAGGCUGUGAUGAAAUUUUUGUCUAGACUUGCUUAGAUCAAAAUUUAGUCUAUUACGCAAAUGGUCAAUUUCAUCUCGGUUUUGGUCUUUUUGGGGUGGAUGAACCACAGAUCUAACUUCGAAUUAAACAACUCAUAACAAGCAGUGCCGUAGCCAGCUCGAUAAUUGGGGGGGGGGGGCAGAUAUUCAUAUAUUCGUGUUCUGCAUUAUUAAUUUCUUUAGAAAUCGAUUGUUUUUAUGGUCUGUGCAUGAACACAAAUAUAUGAAUAUCUGCCCCCCAAUUAUCGAGCUGGCUACGGCACUGAUAACAAGUUAAAUGAAAUAACAACAUCUCCAUUGAUUACGGGAGAGACUAAAGAAAUAAAUAUUUUCUGAACUAAAAUUAUCAAAAAGGAAAUUAGCACCUUUUUAAAAGACCAAGUAAGGGCCUUUUGUGGUAAUAUUGAACAAUACUUAAAAUUCCUUAGAAAUUCCUUAUUUUAUUAUGAAAUUUUAUUUUAUUUUUCCUCAGUGAAAUUUCCUUAAAAGUGAGAGCAACAUGUGGAAAACGAAACGACCAAUUCUUUUGAGCAUGCUCAGUGCCGACUUCCAGUGCUAAGAAAAUAACCGGACCAGCCAAAUCUUUCAGAACUACACAGCUCUAGUGUCUAUAAUGAUUUGUGUCUAAAUAAAGACAAUCUUAGCAUAUAUUUUGUAAAAAACAUCAAGCCACUAUUAAAUGUAACUUAAUGCACCCUACUUUAUCUUACAAUACUUAGCCUUACAACAGAUGAUUUUACCCAUCAAGGGAAAAUUGUUAAUGGGUUAACACUAUUUUUGUGCUGUUUCCAGGUUGAGCUGAUCAGAAGAGUUAACAAGCUUUGGACCAAUGACAAUAUUCACAUUUUUAAAACUAUAAACAUACCAGUCAAACUAACAUUUGACAAUGGAGAGAGCACUCUGAAUAAUGAUAUUCCAGGGACAUCUAGGGAUACCAAACUGCACAGACCUCAGGAAUGUGAUAGCGAAGAAAGUGUGGACUCUGGGGUACAUGAGGUGAACCAUGGUGAUAUUAGCAUUGAUAUAGAAGGGCAUUCAAGGAUUGCAUCUGAGGGCUCUAGGACAAACAAGGGUGCGUCAAGUAACUCAGAAGAUUCACUGAAUUCGUUUUUAAAAAAGUUGGAUAGUGAGAUGAAAGCAUCCAUUCAAAAGGCAAAGAAACAAAGGUACGAUGCAGGGUUUAAGAUUUUGGGGGUUUUCCUAAAUUUCAGGGUGUGUACUUGCCAAGUGCCCAGAAUAGCAAAUACAUGGUGCCUGUUAUGCCUGCCAACAAUAGACUAUGUCUGCAGUUAUUUCUAACCGAACUACCUGACAGAUACUGUACAAGGAGAACUUCAACGCUUUGAGCGAAGGCCCUAUAAUUUUAUUAUAUGCAAAAUUUGCGUUUUCAAAUGACGCCAAACAGCCACGAUAUAACAGCUUUGACUCAUCGGGUGCGUGAUAUUUUCAAUCAAGUGCGAGGUCAGUGAUCAGUAGCCUGUGAAAUGUCCGCUUUAAGAAUUGAAAAUGCAUAUUACUUAUUACUAUUAGCAUUGAUUAC